CUCCCACCCUCCUCCCGCCGCAUCCCUGGCACAGGUCGUUCCAUUCUGGCCUCUCCACUUUCCAAAUCUGUGGCCAGCACCCCUCCUGCUCCCGUGCAGCCUCUGGCAUCCAUCUCCCGCCAGUUCUUCUGGUCUUUUCUCUUAGGAGUCAAUAGGGAUGGGGGUAACAUAUUUGCUGAAAAAACGUGUAAAGGAGAAAGGUAUGGAGACCAGGGACUGACCAAUUUGUCUCACACAAAAGCAGAGAUAUUAAGGAGGCCGGAUUUCACCCCAGGCUAGACCUCACCACCACCGCUAUCUCUUCAGUUAUUCCCCCCACCUUCCUCAUCCAGUUCUGUCCUCCAUCCCGGGCAGUAGGGUCCCUUUCUCCAUUCUCGGGGCAUCUGCCAUUCCAUCUAUCUAAGCCCAACCUCUCCCUCAAUCCAGAGUUCCAUUCAGGGGAGUCGCCUCCUUGUCCCUCCUCCUCUGAACCCCGAGACAUGCGAGACAUGCGGCCUUGUCUCGGCUCCACCUGUCUCUAAGACCGUCCCCACUCCCUGCCUCCAAGGAACCCCAGGGUUCCGCCCGCCCAGCUUCACUCCCCCCCCAUCUCUUUCCCGGAGUCUCCGCCCCCUGCCCCGCCCCCGGGCCGGCUCUCGGAGGAGGGGAGAGCUGCUGUCGCCGCCGCCGCCUCAGCUUCCCACAGCCGCUACCGCUGCCGCCGCUGCCGCCGCUCCGCUUGGUCCAGCCGCCAGGCCCAGUGCUCACUUCGCCAGACCAGGGCGCUCUGCGGAGACACCCUCACUCCUUCCUGGGGUCCGGGACGCCUAGCCGGGCGUGGGGGGAAGCUCCGCUUGCGGGGUACAGGGAGGGAGGAGCCUGGAACCAGAGCCAGCGCCAGCCGUCCCCGGAUCGACAAGACAGGACAGGUUGAGGGGCGUCGGGGAAGGAAGAGGGGGUGCUAUAGGCAGUCCCGGGGAGGACAAGGAAGCCCUGUCGCAGAAAGCUCUGAUGCGCUCUGACUUAUAGCGGGUCUGUUCACAUUUGGGGACCCGUGACAACGUGGGUGCACUCCUCUCUCGGGGGGCUGGUUGGAUUGGAGGGCGUGGGAUCUAAGCAGCACCAGCUGUCCCCGAGGAAAUUAGGGGCUGCCAGAAAAAAACAAAAAAGCCAAAAACCUAUGCUCCUUAUUCCGAGGUGACAGAGGGCCCUCCAGACAACCACCUGGUGUAACCACUAGGAAGGGCGGAUUUGGAGGUGACUUCAAAAGGAGUGGAGGGUAACAAGGUGAGGAAAGGGGCUCAGCAGCUGGAACCCUGUGCCACUAGAAAUGGGGGUGACUUGGUAAAAACCGGUAUCGUCCAGAGACAGGGUCUGGGAACCUCUUCUUGCUGAUUGGCGACAGUCUGGAUAUUUCAAGGCAUAGUUUUUUGGGGAUUUCAGUGAAAAAAAGUGGGGGAUUCUUCACUUAGAGGGUGGCAAAGGAAAAGACACCAAGGUUGGGUUCUUCCUAGACACUGGCAGCACCCCAGCAGGGGUGGGGUGAGCUAAUAUCCCCAAAGCUAAGGACCCACACCCUUAAAAUUACAAGAGUGGCUUUGGCAGGAGUGCAGGGCCCGGAAAUAGGGUGGAAAGGUGCCUGGGGAUAUUGGAACCACAUCCUGGAAAAUUUGAGGGUCUUGGCUUUGGGAUAGUGUUAGUGGGGGACAGGGACACUGGAGAUCAGAGAAGGGGGAGUUUUCUGUGGGGGGCAAAGGUCGAGGGUGGGGUCAACUGAGAGGUACAUAGGCUGCUGGGUCUGGCGAAGCUAGCACGAGGCCCAAGGGUGGGAGCUGGUGCCUGGGGUGGGGGUCGUCUAGGGCUUAUCCUCAGGUCCCGUGGGUGAGGCGGCGAGUCGGACCGGAGAGGCAAGACCAUGUCCUGGUGAGCUAGCGGGCUUCUCUGGGGGGGCCCAGCGCGCUCCGGGAGCCUGCCGGUUUUGGGGUGUCUCCUCCCGGGGCGCCAUGGCGGCACUGGCCAGCAGCCUGAUCCGGCAGAAGCGGGAGGUCCGCGAGCCCGGGGGCAGCCGGCCCGUGUCAGCGCAGCGGCGCGUGUGUCCCCGCGGCACCAAGUCCCUUUGCCAGAAGCAGCUCCUCAUCCUGCUGUCCAAGGUGCGACUGUGCGGGGGGCGGCCCGCGCGGCCGGACCGCUGCCCGGAGCCUCAGCUCAAAGGCAUCGUCACCAAACUGUUCUGCUGCCAGGGUUUCUACCUCCAGGCGAAUCCCGACGGGAGUAUCCAGGGCACCCCAGAGGACACCAGCUCUUUCACCCACUUCAACCUGAUCCCUGUGGGGCUCCGUGUAGUCACCAUCCAGAGUGCCAAGCUGGGUCACUACAUGGCCAUGAACGCUGAGGGGCUGCUCUACAGCUCGCGUCGUUCUGGCCGGUCCUGGUACCUGGGCCUGGACAAGGAGGGCCGAGUCAUGAAGGGAAAUCGAGUCAAGAAGACCAAGGCAGCCGCCCACUUUGUGCCCAAGCUCCUGGAGGUGGCUGUGUACCGGGAGCCUUCUCUCCACAGUGUCCCUGAGACCUCCCCUUCCAGGCCCCCUGCCCCCUGCCAUGCAGUCCCCGGACUGGAGGCUCCCUGCCCUCGCCACCACCACAGCCUGUCUCCCAGCCCUGCUUCUGGCCCUGCUCUCACCCCUGCUGCCACGCUCAUGCCCUGAGCAGCCAGGUCCCACCAGGUGCUCUACCCAGAGGGAGCCUAGGGGCCGGCCGUGACUUCCGGGGCUGCUGAGACCCUCAGAUCCUUGGGCCCGGGAAAGGGGUCAGAGAGGGGGGAUGUCUGAAAAUGGUCCUGGCUGAUCACUUCUUUCCUUCCACACUCACACCCUCCAAAGCCUUUUCCCGAGAUGGCGCGGGGAGUUCCACAACUGACAAAACCAGGGCAUAAAUCUUCCGCACCCCGGGCUCAGCCAGUUCCUGGAGCCCUUUGCCCUUUUCAUGGCCACCAAGCCAUAGAUUUAUAGGUCCACUGGAGCUCAGGAUUAGUUUCCUUCUUUCCCUACUCCACCUUUUGCCUUGUUCCAGACAGGUUCUGGAACACCAGGCACCCCAGCCAGGGCCAUUUCUGCACUCAGGGUCUGUGCUGGAACACAGGCAUGCUGCCAGGCUCUGUUCUGGAUCCAUCAGGCUUCUGUCCUUCACCCAGAUGGACCCCUGGUUUCCAAGUGGAGAGAGGCUGGAUUUGGGCCCUGUCCAGCUGUUGGUCUUGGCCUGAAUUGAGCCAGUCUCAGAUCACCACAGGUUUAACUUUCUUACCCCAGAGACACCCAAUUCUAGAGCGUGAUGUUCUAGACACGUACGGAGCCAUACUUCCUUCUGAAUCUCAGCUCUAGGACAUAGACCACGACUCUCAGCCCUUCCCUCUAGGAUGGAACUAGAGCCUAUAUAGCCAUGUUAUUGCUCUGGAGUAAGAGUUCUAGACCCACGCUCCCACCUUCUCUAGUGAUACCUGUUAAGCAGGAGCUCUGGAAAGGACACAGCUAUGAUUCACAAAGAACUAAGUUCUGGCUGGAUCAAGAACCACUUCUUGUUUUCCCUAGACAAUUUUCCAAAAAUCUUAUUCUUCCUAUAGAAUGCUAACCUUCUUUUUUACAUGCAGUUUCUAGCUCCUGCAACUCAGCUGGGGUCCUGCCAGGGAACAGAGGCUGAGGAAGGGCAGAGGAAUUUUGGAAGGAAUCCCUGGCUCAUAGAAGGGCAGCUAGGAUGGGGAAGGGGCCAGAGCUAUGGCAUGACUGGACCUGUGCCUGGGUUGGGGGGACAUGAACACUUAGCUACCUCAGCAGGAAUUCCUUCCAGGUCCCCUUUAAAGCUGAGGUCUUUAGGGUAAUGGGUCU